AUGAAACAAAAAGAACGUAGUUGGAUGUACGAAAGGAAGGUUGGGAAUUCUAUUAAUCCUGAGUUCUUGAAGGGGGUAGAUGAAUUCCUUAAAUAUGUGGAAGAUCAUCCUGAGAGUAGCAACCCGAAUGAAGUUAGGUGUCCAUGUUUUAAAUGCAAAAACAAACGUCUCUGGUAUCCAGAUACGGUCAAACUUCAUAUGUAUCGCAGCGGUUUUUUACCUAAUUAUUACGAGUGGAUGUGUCAUGGGGAAGGGUUUCCAGGAACUCGUAGAAGGGAGUCAAAUGAAUAUCGUGAAAUGGUUUUGGAUGCCUUUGGUCAGUCUCAAGAUCAAGGCCAUUCCAAAGAGCCACCUGUUUCAUUAGAGGAGGAGCCUAAUGCACAAGCCAAGCCAUUUUUUGAUUUGUUAAGGGCUUCUGAACAACCGUUGUACGAAGGGAGUUCAUUGUCUGUGUUAGAGAUGACUUCUAGAAUCACUAGCCUAAAGUGUGAGUAUAAUUUGCCGCACAGAUGUGUUGAUGGAUUUGCUUCUUUGGUUAAUGAAGCAAUUCCUAACAACAACCACAUGGCCGAGACAUUCUAUGAGGUCAAGAAAAUUGUUAAGGGGUUAGAGCUGCCCCAUGAAAAGAUUCAUGCAUGCCCGAAAGGAUGUAUGUUGUUUUGGAAAGAUGAUGCUCAAUUAUCUACAUGUAUGGUGUGUGGCAGCGACCGAUACAAGAAGACUUCUAAAGGUAGCUUAGUGCCUUUGAAUGUUCUAUUUUAUUUCCCUAUCACACCUAGGUUGCAAAGGCUUUUUGCAACUAAAAACAUUUCUGAGGAAAUGACAUGGCAUGCUAAAAAUCCUCGAGUUCAAGGCACAAUGGCACACCCUAGCGAUAGUGAAGCAUGGAAACACCUAGAUAGUUGCUUUCCUGAGUUUGCCUCUGAACCUCGUAAUGUUCGACUUGGCUUAUGUACGGAUGGAUUUGCUCCACAUGGUCAGUUAGGGGGACAAUAUUCAUGUUGGCCUGUCAUUUUGACCCCUUAUAACUUGCCUCCGUUAAUGUGUAUGAAAAGACAGUUCAUGUUUCUUUCGUUACUCGUUCCUGGUCCUAAAAACCCUAAGGGCAACUUGGAUGUUUACAUCCAGUCGCUCAUACACGAGUUGAAACAGUUGUGGGAAGUUGGGGCAAAUACUUACGAUAUUUCGAGAAAACAAAAUUUCAAUCUUCGAGCAGCCAUCCUAUGGACCGUUAGUGACUUCCCGGCUUAUGGUAUGUUAUCUGGUUGGACCACAGCUGGUAAGAAGGCUUGUCCAUAUUGCAUGGAGAAAAGCAAAGCAUUUUGGCUCGAAAAUUAUGGUAAGGUUUCUUGGUUUGACUGCCAUCGUCAAUUCCUUCCGACAAAUCAUCCUUUUCGAAAUAGUAAAAAUGCAUUUUGUAAAAACAAAGUCGAAAAAGGUUCACCACCUCACAUCAUGUCAGGAGAGGAACUUUGGGAAUGUGUGAAAAACCUCCCGAAAGCAACAGAUGGCCACGAGGCACUGAAACGUGUCAAGAAUGCAAAAAAAGGGUGGUUUAAGCAAAGCACUCUAUGGGACCUUCCAUAUUGGAAACAUCUGCUUGUUCGUCACAACUUAGAUGUCAUGCACGUUGAAAAAAACUUUUUUGAUCAGUUGAUUCACACUAUAAUGGACAUGAAAAAGCAAUCUUGUGACACCCCAUCAUCUCGGAAUGACAUUGCUAAAUACUGUAAACGGCCCCAGCUACAUCUUCAAGAGGAUGAUAAAGGAAAAGAAUUCAUGCCAAAGGCUCCAUUUGCUCUUGACAAGGCUCAGAGAAAGGUUUUGUGUGAGUGGGUCAAACAACUGCGGUUUCCUGAUGGUUACGCUUCCAAUUUGAGCCGAUGCGUUGAUUUGCAAUCAGGUAAGUUACAUGUAAUGAAAAGUCAUGAUUGUCACGUGUUCAUGGAGAGGUUGUUGCUCACUGCUUUGAGAGAAUUGCUCCCUACCCAUAUCUGGAAUGCAAUUACAGAGAUAAGCCAAUUCUUUCGCGAUUUAUGUUGCUACACAAUUACAGUUAGCGACAUGGAGCGAUUGGAAAAAAACAUAUCUGAGAACCUGUGCAAGCAUGAGAAGGUUUUCCCCCCAUCGUUCUUCAACUCCAUGGAGCAUUUACCAAUUCAUUUGCCAUAUGAGGGCAAGUUAUGUGGACCUGUUCAAUAUCGGUGGAUGUAUCCUUUCGAAAGGUUCCUCGAUCACCUGAAACGAAAAAUUGGUAAUAAACCUCGUGUUGAAGGUUCCAUAUGCAACGCUUAUCUCACUGAAGAGAUAUCAAACUUCUGCUCCAAUUACUUUCAGCCCUCAACUGACACAAAAACACGAGAUCUAGGUCGAAAUGUGAAUGCUGAUAUGGAAUCCCCGGCUGACAACGAUGAAAUCCCAGAGUUGUUCACGGUGGAUAAGGGUCGUGUGUCAAAUUUGGGUAAAACUCGGUAUUUAGAUGACAAGGAACUCGAACGUGCUCAUUUGUUCGUUUUAAGAAAUACCGGCAUUCUUGGUGAAUACGAAAGGCAGUUUGAGGACUACAUUCUUAGUACUCGAACUUAUUUGCGUCGAGAAGAUGUCAUGGAGAAAUGCGAAAGUGAAUUCCCUGAUUGGUUUCAUCACAAGGUGAGAGAACAAAAACCAAGUUCCGAUGUGUUGCGAGCAUUGUCUAUGAGGCCUUUCAAGCGUGUUCGAACUUGGAACCAGAUAUUUGUCGGUGGCUUUAAUUUCCACACACAGUCCUAUGGGAAACACAAAUCUACGAUGAAUUACGGGGUGUGUGUCUCAAGAAUGAACAUUCAUGAACAAUACAAGCUUGUCGAAGUAAAUCAUACUAAGAAGUAUCCCAAGUAUGAUCCAUUUGUCUUAUCUUACCAAGUGUCUCAAGUGUAUUAUGCAUCUUACCCUAGCCUUAAACGUGAUCGGGUUCAAUGGUGGGCUGUAUUUAGAACUCAAACAAGGUCGGUGAUUGAUGCUCCGGUGGAUUUAGAGUUUUUGCAGGGUCCUUCCCCACAAAUACAUGCAACGCUUUGUCCACCAAAUGACAUUACAGACUAUGAACUUGAUAGUGAUGAUGAUGACGAUGGCUUUAUUAUCUCAAGCGAUGAAGAAGAAGAAGAAAGCAUUGGCUCCAGUGAUAGUGACGAAGAAGAGGACAUCGAUGUAUUUUUAGAUGACACUAGUGAUAGUAAUAAUGAUAGUGAUAAUGAUAGUGGUAGUAGUGAUAAGAUUAAUGAAGAGGAAAAUAUGUAG